AUGCAUGCGAACACGGGAGGCCGCCGUUGUGAUGGUAUGCCUGCGGCUACAGUAGCACCGAGCGGCCUGCCCAUGCCUAGUAGCGCGCCAAACAGCACCGACCUCGCUCAGCUCGCAGCCGACGUCUACCACAUAUCGGAGGCUCUCAGUGCCACAGCCCAAGAUGUGCCUAGUCCUUUAUCUGAACUGCUGCAGGAGUUCCGUUCUCUCCAGAGAGCUUUGGAGCAGAAUCACACCUUGACACAAUUCACUGGUCGCCAGCCGCCUCCGCUCGGAGCUGUCCAUGAGAUCCUCAGGCAGAGCUUGGAUUGUGUCGAUAAGCAAAGGGCCGUCUCUUCGCAGUCGAGGCCGCCUCAUGCUCGCAGAGACUCGGGCAGGACGGUCGAGGUCGCGUGGUCAAGAAUCGACCAUGACAGUAUACGCGCUAGGCUGGCUCACACUGUUCUCACGUUGAGAAACCUCAACUUCGUUACUAUCCUCAUCGCAGGCUUCGUUGAUUUCCACACGAGCUCCGAGAGAACACAAUUGCACGCGAGCCUCGCAGACACGACCCGAACCACACCCGACGAUCGCGAACUCGCCGCAUUGCUGGACGGCUUCGCGCGAGUGGGAUACCUGCACCACAGGCUCACUGCCUCAAACCAAAACCGAGCUGGGCACACAGAGCAUACAAGGCAGAUUUUGAAGGUCGAAGAGCAGAACAGAGACUUGUUAAGACGUUUACUGGCGUACACAAAGCUACAGAGCCAUCCACUCGCGAGGCUCUCCAUUGCAAGUCUGAUCUCCAGAUGUUCGAUGGAACAUCAGGGAUCGAUCAUUAGCAUUGGGUCUCUUGCUGCACGACGAGCCACCGAUGUCACAUCAGGUUUUGGAGCUAGCUUCAUACACUGCCCGGUCACCAUCGAGCUUGAAGGUCAUCCAUCGGCCUCUGCACAAGGGUUCCGCCUGGCUGAUGGCAUCCUUCGAUGGCUUGGCGCAGAUGGGCAUGUUGUCUUUGAGCAUCGUCUUCAGGAGCGAAGUAGACGUAUUCCAUGGAGAUACACGACCCUCCAUAAACCGUUGACGGUGUCGUUCACGGCAUAUGAUAGCGUCGGUUCCAAGACCAUCUGCUAUAGACGACAUCACCAAGAUCAUGUCGAUCAAAGUCCGGACUAUGUUUUCGUUCACGAAACGCCUUACGAGCUUUUCCAAACUACUCUGCGUGACAGGGCUUUUCUCAAAGAGUUUGAGGUCAAGUCCAUAAAAACCAAGAACGCUGACAAAACCGAGCAUAGCGUGGUCAAGUUCUGGGGCCCUCGAGAAACAUCGCCUGCCACCGUCACCAUCCCUGUCACCUUUGUUGGGAACCAAGUCAGGCAUCAGGAAAUACCACUGAAAUGGAUGAGUUGCGCGAAGAUUCCGUCUUCAAAAGAGGUCAGGCUGGAUCUGAAGCAGACGAAGAGAAGAGCGUCAUCAGGCGCACAUACUUCCAUGUCUUCCAGCACAGCGCAUGGCAGCAAAAGACCGGGGAUCAUGCAACGGAUGGGGACUGUCAUAUCGAGACAUGGAACCUCGAGCACAAGCACUGAAGUCUCAUUACCUGGGGACUUGGCUCCUCCCAAAUGGGUCGACGCCUUUCCUUACUUCAUGCUUGACUUUGUUGACGAUGCAGCGAGAGAUUCGUUCAUGGACUUCUUCGACAAGCAGCAACGAGGAACCACUCCUGUGCGAGUCCCGUCUAGAACAUCUGUGCCCUCGCUCGAUAUUGGGUCGCCAUGGCUAUCAGAUACCCACUCACCCUUUCCAGGCAGCACUCCAACCACGAUGAAUUCAGGUUCCAUGACCACUGCACCAACGACGGCCAAUUUCAGCUCUUCGCCCACCGGUAUGACAAGCGUGGACGUCGCCAGCGAGAUAUCCUUGGGUCCUGCCUAUGCCGACACUCUAAGACCACAGGAAGCUGACGAUGAGCCGUUGAGCCCCGGUUCGACCGACCCCGGGCCUGUUUUUAGUUGGCAUGAUUUCCUCCGAAGAGGUGGGCCCAAGCCACUAGCACGAAGCUUCGACACAAUCUCAGAUCACUUGGACAGUCCAUAUUACGAGACGCUCCAGAAAAACCGGGAGAAUGUCCGGAUAAUGCGCAUCGAGCCCGGCUCGGGACACGCAGUCUGUUGCAAUCUCGAAGUGCAUAACCUUCAUGAACUUCCCCCGUAUGAAGCCCUUUCGUAUUGCUGGGGCAAGGCAGUCGCAACUGCACAGAUCUCUUCUGGCAAUUUGAAAGGGUUCCCGGUCUCUGAGCAUCUGCUUUAUGCAAUUCGCCGUCUUCGGCACGAAUCUCGGCCGCGAUAUAUCUGGGUUGACGCCAUAUGCAUCAAUCAGGCAGAUGUUCAUGAGAGGAAUCAUCAAAUUCAAAUGAUGCGACGAAUAUACACCUUGGCUGUCCGAACAAUCAUCUGGAUAGGCGAGUUCGAUCCCGGGAAGAAGUCUUGUCCGCGAUCCGAAGGCGAUGACAAGACCCUUUGCACGCUUCCCGAUCACACAACUUCAGUAGAGCACGAUGAUGUUGCUCGCGACCUCCCCAAGAAUGUGCAACAACUCAAGGAGAAAGACCGAAGUGGAUCAACGGAGUUGUGGUUUCGGAGACUCUGGUGCGUGCAAGAGUUCCACUUUUCUCAGGACUUUCCUUCCGUCUACAUUGGAAGACAUGCCGUUCGCUGGGAUCAUUUCUCCAGCAUGUUCAAGCCUCCGAACGAUCCGUUGGCGUUGUUCCGUGGCCUGGGCCAGUUCAAUGCAAGCGAGACAACUGCAAACCACCUACUCUUCGAGCUUUUGUACAUGACUGGCAAGCAUCGCUGCAGCGAUCCACGAGACCGCAUCUUCGCUUUAUUGGGCAUGGCGAGAGAUGCCGCGGCAGGCAUUCAGCCGGAUUAUCGGAAGAGUGUCAUUCGGGUUAUCGAAGAAGCCUGCGUUAGACUCAUCAAUGAGUCUGACAGUGUCGAUGUGUUGUUGGACGAGCGCGUUUCACGAAACAUCUGGGGAGCUGAGCGAUUCCAGAAUGUUGUGCCAUCCUGGAUCCCCGACUUGACUCGCUUACAGACGCGGGAAGCGAUCCGUAGUCCAGACAUGUACAGCGCGGGACCUGGCGUGGCAGAGGUUCAGCUGGUUGAGGACAAGGACUCCUCUGACGACGAGUUCGAUCGUCCACGCAUUCUACGGCUCCGCGCCGUGCUGUUCGACCGCAUUUCGAAGCGGACCACGGAAUCUGACAUUCCCAAGUACGAGCACUCGCCGAAUGAAUGCUUGAUCUACAACAGCUUGAAACAUCGUGGACACAUCAUCCAGAAGAUACUCGAUGUCUUGCAGUAUCGAUUCGAGGAUGUUCCACCGGAGCAUCAGCAUCUUGAGAUUCUUGAUCAAACACCUCGAUUUGGGCGACUCUUCCUCGACUACCUCUUCGAAGGCAAGCGCAGUGUCAAGCAGGAGCUCGAAGAUAGAAACAACGGUCCACAGCGCAACGUGGGAAUGUCUUACGAGCACCAGGAAGCCGAGGAUCUUGCUUACUGUCGGCACGAGCGGUCUUCCGAGGACGAAGACUACGUCAAGAAACGUUGGCGAACCAAACGAUCUCGCAUGAAUGAGAUCUACGUCCCAGAGCAAGUCGAUGAGGCAUACAACAGCGACAACGACUCUUUCCGACAAGACUUCGAGAUGGCAAGAGAUCUCGAGAAUCUCUAUGCCUACGCACGACGUUCGAAACGUUGGUACUACCUGACCGUGGGCAACAUUGAUGCCCCGAUGCGAAAAGACGUCCUGAAAGCUCCCAACAAAGACGAAGUCAUGAUGCUCAAGACACAAUUCUACUCGCAGGCCCGCGACCUGGAGUUCCAUGACUACGCUCCCAAGCACCGAGAAAGGGACUUCUUCAAGACCAGUGCUGGGUUCGUCGGGCUGGGUCCAUCGAGCCUUGAGGUUAAUGAUGAGAUCGUCAUUCCACUUGGAUCUAGCCGACCUUUGAUCUUGCGAAAAUGUCAGGGUGUUCUUGGGUCGUAUUACACGCUUGUUGGAGAUGCUGUUCUGCCUGGCCUAAUGAGUGGCAAGUGGACGAAGGUUGAGCUGGAGAAGAAGAACUCGGCGGAGUGGUAUCGGAUUAAGUGA